UGCUAUUUACUUUGCACACGACACCAAUCCCGCUAAACUGUCGUAUUGAAAGUUGACAGCGGUUGAGGUUGUUAUUAUUUCAGUUAGUAAAGUUAGAUUUAUUUGAUAAACAUGCCUAAGUGUCCGAACUGCAAUAAGGAAGUAUACUUUGCUGAGAAGGUCUCGUCCAUAGGGAAGGAUUGGCAUAGGCCGUGUCUAAAGUGUGAGAAAUGCAAGAAAACAUUGGCUGCAGGCUCACAUGCUGAGAAAGACGGAAAACCGUAUUGUCAUAACCCAUGCUAUUCAGCACUCUUCGGACCCGGAGGAUUCGGACGAGGUGGCUCCGAGAGUUACAAAUACACAAAAUGAAGAACUUGUGGUCUUACAUAGACUCUGCCGUGUAACUUAGCAUUUAUAUUCAAAUAAAAUAUCAUAUUAAAAGUUGUACGGCAUAAUAAAGCAUAAAAUAUGAAUUGAAUUUAGAUCAAUUACAAUGUGUAAAAGGUAUAUACAUAAAUAUAA